UCCAAGAAAAGCACGAAUGAUUGAGAGUUGCUUAAGAUUCACGGGACGGAACGGUUGUUGCUUGUGGAGUGCGCAAAACCAUUGUGCAUGAAAAAGAAUACAUAAAUUGAAAUACAACUAAUAGAAAUGAAUUUUUAAUAAAUUAUUUUAAACAGUCUGUUGUGAUUGAACAGAAGUGCUACAAUUGUUAGUAAAUUGACGUAAAGUCUAGUGAUAUUUCAGUUACAUAAAAAAAUAAAAGCAAAACUGUAACUUCACAUUUACAAAUUUUGGGACGUGCUCCUGUUUGGAGAGAGACGCACAACCAUGGGCCAAAUUGUUGGAUCCAUGCAAAACAAUGUGGCGGAGGUGUUCGGCGGCCGACGGAAGCGUAGACGUAGCACAGACACGACUGCGUCCCAGGAGGAGCGCGAGCGGGCGCAACUGGACGCAAAAUCGCCGAAAAAAAAGAAGCUGCUGACGACCACACAGUAUAUAUACAAUGCUCUGUUCAAGGAGCAAAAGAACUCGGAUGUGGCUGUGAUGGCAUUAGACAAGGUGUGGCAUCUGCACAAGGUCUAUCUUAGCCAGAGUCCCUACUUUUACAGCAUGUUCAAUGGUUCGUGGAAGGAGGCACAACAAAAUUUUGUGCACAUUAAAAUACUCGACGAUCGGAUCAAUACGGAUAGCCUGGACGCAGUGUUUGGCUCCAUGUACUCGGAUGAAAUAGAGAUUGAAGUCAAAGAUGUGAUACCCGUUCUGGCUACAGCCACACUCUUCCAUCUGGAUGGCAUCAUCGACAAGUGCGCCGAAGUGAUGGUGGACAGCAUCAAUGCAGAAACUGCCAUUCAGUACUAUGAGGCUGCCUGCCAGUACGGUGUGUUGAGCGUCAAGAAGUCCACCUUUCAGUGGUUCCAGAUCAAUCUACUUAGCAUUUACAAUAAGAAUCCCAAUCUGCUGCGGCACAUAUCCAUUGAUCUAAUGACUUUGCUAACUGCCAGCCACGAUCUGUACGUGAUGCAAACAGAGUUCUCGCUUUACACACUCCUGCGCACCUGGAUGUUUCUACAGCUGCAUCCUCAGUACGAUCCAGAGGAUCCUGUGCAACGCGCUGAGGCACAAAAGACACAGGAACGACUGGUCAAUGCCGGCGUGGAGACGCACACGCCCAGCGUGGAUGUUGUUCAAUGGACGUACUUUGCUAGCCGCAUGGAGGAGCGUUCCUUUCUGGCCACGCCUGAGGGUCAGGCAUAUGUGCCCGUAUUCCAGAAACUGCGCACUCAGUACCUGACCAAUCACUAUAUGGAUCUGAAGAUUAUAUUCAACGACAACAUCAUUCCUAAGGAGUGGCUCUACAGGCACAUACACAGCCACUGGGAUGCCCUGCUGCGCAUCGAUCACGGCCAGGAGGAUGGGAGUCCGCAGCAGCUGGACAAGGAGCAGUUCUUCGAGAACUGCAUGCGCUGCGGUCGUUUGCUGCUCGAGCCUGGAUAUCAGAAGUGGCGCUGGACGGGCUUCAAUUAUGGAAUGGAUCUCAUACUCAUUAUGGACUCGCGGCGACUGAACAUACGACGCCACCAUCGGCACGAGCACGAGCGGGUGCUCAGUUUGCAGACGAAACGAAAGUUUAUGAUACGCACCACGGUCACAUCGAUUAAUGCGCAGCGCCAGCCGGUGUUUACCCAGACGUCGGAGAUCACAACGCUCAGCCUGGAGAAGAACGAGGAGGUGUCGCUGAUGGUGCUUGACCCAAAGCUGGUGCAUCCGCUGCUCAUAUCCAUUAACAUGCUGGUCGUGAUGCCGCCCAACCAGAGCUUCAAGGAGAUUGUGCCGCAGAGCGAGGAUUCGUCGCUGUCGGCAACCGCCAUACCUAUCUCAGAGAUUGGGGCCAGCUGCGAGCGCUCCUUGACGCCAGCCAGCGCCGAUGAUUCAGCUGUUUGUGUUAGUGGCGAUUCGGAGGCAUCGACACCAUCCUCGCCGUCCAUGGGACUUCGACCAGCUGGACGCUUCAGUUGGCCGCGCGGUAAUGCGGCCAGGACUAGCGACGGCGAGUCCUUAUGUCGUGACGUGGCGUGUUGAGCGCGUUGCACACCGUCCCCUUCCAAGUCCUCCCCACAUUAGGCACAACCACCUCGUUCUGUUCAAGGACUCGCCACACGAGCCUCGUUUUAUAUAGUUGUACAUUCGUUUCUACGACUAGCUACGACUAGCGUGCUAUACAUACACAUAUAUAUGUAUAUGUAUAUAUAUAUAUUAUACUAUAUAUACAUAUAGUUAAACAGUCUACUAACGGUACGCCAUAUAAUUGUAUAUUAUCCUUUAGUGUGCUUUAUGCGCCCUUCUAUAUUUUUGUAUAAUCGUUUACAUUAUCCUAGAAACUAUUGUAAAAUUAUUUUCUAACAGA